UAUCUAUGUUAUAUAAUUUAAUUAUAAUUUGAAGAAAACAAAACUCGAUUGUUCCACAAAACAAUGGGUUGUUUGCGUUUUAUGUUUUUACAAUUGCUGCUGUCUCUGUCUCUUUUAUCUUUUGUGACUGCCAUCGACACUUCUAAACUCUUCCAAGAGUGGUGUAAACAACAUGGCAAAACAUACCCUUCCGAACAGGAGAAACGCUACAGGUUCAACGUUUUCGAAGAUAACUAUGCCUUCGUCGCACAACACAACCAAAUAGGAAAUUCCAGUUAUACCCUUUCUCUUAACGCUUUUGCAGAUCUCACUCACCAUGAAUUCAAGGCCACUCGUCUCGGUUUGCCUCCUUCUUCUUUGCUCAGAUUCAAAUUCAACCGUUUUCAAGAUCAACAACGUUCCGAUGAUUUUCUACAAGUUCCUUCUGAGAUUGAUUGGAGAAAGAAUGGUGCUGUUUCUAUUGUCAAAGACCAAGGAAGCUGUGGUGCUUGUUGGUCAUUUUCAGCUACAGGCGCCAUCGAAGGGAUAAAUAAAAUUGUGACAGGUUCUCUUGUAAGCCUUUCUGAACAAGAACUGGUAGAUUGCGAUACAACCUAUAAUAGUGGUUGUGACGGUGGGCUCAUGGACUACGCAUACCAAUUUAUCAUUGACAACAAUGGGAUUGACACCGAGGAAGAUUACCCGUAUCAAGCUCGACAACUACUUUGCAAAAAGGACAAGUUAAAAAGGCGCGUUGUUACAAUCGAUGGUUAUACUGAUGUGCCCCCAAACGACGAGAAAAAACUACUAAAGGCUGUCGCAGUCCAACCUGUUAGCGUAGGCAUAUGUGGUAGUGCAAGGGCUUUCCAGCUAUACUCAAAGGGUAUCUUCACGGGACCAUGUUCGACUUCUUUGGAUCAUGCAGUGUUGAUUGUCGGAUACGGUUCUGAAAAUGGGGUAGAUUAUUGGAUUGUAAAGAAUUCCUGGGGAAAAUAUUGGGGAAUGAAUGGUUACAUUCACAUGCUACGGAACACCGACAGUUCUGCAGGGUUAUGUGGAAUCAACAUGUUAGCUUCAUAUCCAACGAAGACCAAACCUAACCCCCCUGUCCCACCUCCACCAGGUCCUAUAAAGUGUAAUCUGUUUACUUACUGUUCAGGAGGAGAAACAUGUUGCUGUGCCAAGAAAUUUCUUGGGAUAUGUUUCUCUUGGAAAUGCUGUGGUGUAACUUCUGCUGUGUGUUGUAAGGACAAGCGUCACUGUUGUCCACUAGAUUAUCCAGUUUGUGACGCAAGCAAUGGCCAAUGUCUUAAGAGAAUUGCAAAUGGGACGAUAUUGAUGACAUCUGAUAAAGAAGAUCCUUUCCAUCAGACAAGAGAUUGGAGAUCUAAUUGAGUAUUUAUUAUUUACAUCACUUAUUUGUACUGUUGAGUCCUUUCAAUUUCUAUUUAGUUUGUAUUACUGGGUCAUUCUAUGUCUAGCUGUUAAAUGGGAUACGAAAGGAAACAAAUUAUAUCUGUCAUGGUAUGGGAUAUUGUCAUAUUGAUAGGUUAGGGAAUGCUCGCACGAUCUGAAUGUUACACUAGAGAGAAGGUGCAUAAAUGUUUUGGCAUGUAUUCCUCCUCAAGGUUUUAUUAGCAAAGAGUUGUUAAAGCAAGACUGUUAUUGUGUCUCAUGUAGAAUAUUUUUGUGAUAUCUUACUUCUUAUGUUACUAAAUUAAGACAAGGACAUGGCAUAUACUACAGUAAGAAACAGCCUUAAGUCCUCUUUUAGACCCUGAUCUGUCGUAAGUUAGCUUACACUUGCAUAUGCUUUGUUGUGGAUUGGAAGAUCGUGAAUAUGGGAUGGAUUGUUGUGUUCA